CGAGCCCCUUUCGUCAGCUGCAGCGACGGACCAAUCCCCAACUGCAAACGUAGACACACCUCCUCCUGAUUUGCUUACGUGCGCCGACGACAGCCUUGCAGUGACGUCGAGGCCACACGUGAUACAUUACAUUCACCUGGUAAUCUUCCCAACAGGCGAAGUCAAGCAGCUACAAUGAGCAUCCGAAUGCACUAGUGAGGUGGCCCCGACUCAGUGAGCGUUUUUUGCUUGCCCACAUCGCGCUGCAGGGCUGCGCUCCCCGAAUGCAAGAAAUUCGUCGUGGUGCUCUUCUCUGACGAACGUUUCCAGCCUAGCCCAACAUGAGAAUCACAACGCGGCUACUUAAAGACAUCGGAAAGAUGUUGGACAAAUACUCGCGAUUCCACCCGUCGCCGCUGUCCAUCAAGCAGUUCAUCGAUUUCGGUGAGAAUGCCUGUGAAAAGACGUCAUUUCUCUUCUUGCGCAAAGAACUGCCAGUGCGGUUGGCCAACAUAAUGAAGGAGAUUCACCUGCUGCCAGAGAAUCUGCUGAGCAUGCCAUCUGUGGAACUUGUGAGAAGCUGGUAUGAACGCAGUUUUGAGGAAAUAUUGGAAUUUGAGAAUGCUGGGAAUGAUGAUCAGAAAGCCAUGCUAAAGUUUUGUGAGGCACUGAUCAAGAUUAGAAACCGCCAUUCAAACGUCGUCCAGACCAUGGCCCAGGGUGUCAUAGAGCUGAAGGAGUCACAUGAGCCGGACCCAAAAACAGAGCACAGUAUACAGUACUUCCUGGACCGCUUCUACAUGAACAGGAUUUCGAUCAGAAUGCUCAUAAACCAACACACUUCCCUGUUUGGAAAUGAGAACAACACUCAUCCCCGAAAUAUUGGUUCCAUCGACCGUAACUGCAAUGUUGCAAGUAUAGUUGAAGAUGCAUAUGAGAAUGCAAAGUUCCUAUGCGACCAGUAUUAUCUUACAUCUCCUGGCCUUGUAGUUGAACAGUGUGAUGUGAUAGCUCCGAACUCCACCAUCUGCAUAGACUACGUGCCGUCACAUUUAUAUCACAUGCUGUUCGAGCUUUUCAAGAACUCCAUGAGAGCGGUAGUUGAGUACCACGGGACUGAGACCGAAUCCAGCGACUUGCCUCCACUGAAAGUGCUCAUUGCCCGAGGACGAGAAGACCUCACCAUUAAGCUGAGUGACAAAGGUGGAGGCAUCCCACGGUCUUGCAUAGAGCUGUUGUUUCAGUACAUGUACUCCACUGCUCCACAGCCUUCAGCGUCUGGCCUCAACUCUGCACCCCUGGCUGGCUAUGGCUAUGGUUUGCCCCUGUCUCGGCUAUAUGCCCGCUACUUUCGUGGGGACCUGAUCCUGAACUCUUGUGAAGGAUAUGGAACUGAUGCUCUCAUAUACCUGAAGGCACUGAGCAAUGAGGCCAAUGAAAUGCUGCCCGUUUUCAACAAGACAUCGAGCAAGCACUACAGCUCAGCUGUGGGCGCCAGUGAUUGGAUCGCACCUCCUCCACCAGCCCCAGCAGCACCCUCGCCCCAGGGCCUCCGCCACAUGUCCAACUUGCCCCUCAAUGCAGCCAAACAGUCAAUGCUUGCACGCAAGUUCUCCCAGCAGCACAAGAACAAAAAUUUAUGAACAGCCGGGGAGCUGCCAUGAACUGUUCUUCAAAUUAGUCGGCGUCUGUAAAUACUUCUUUUAUAAGGACUGCACUUCUCAUUACUUUGUGUGAAAAAGUGUGUCUAUACUCCUUUCUCUUUAACACUGUACCAUGCUUUUUUGUUAGGGUGAAGAUGCAAAGUGUUCAUCCUUACGCAACUUGGAAACUGAAGGUCUGUGCGUAGAUGUGUCAAAAGUAUAGUACACAUGUCAAGUGUAUGUUAAUGAAGGCGUACGUGCUGGUCGUCAUGUGUGAUAAGUUUUGUCAUUGCCUGUAUUGAAAAGUUUGAUGUGACCGUUCGUCCCUGAAUUUCCUGAAUAUGUUCACAGGGCCCCUCAUGUGUGUAAACUAUAAAGAACUGCUGGAGAUUUGCUCCCAUUAUGAUGAAUGGAAUGCUGCUGUGACGACGCUUAUGAAAAUUAUCAAUAGCCCACGCAAUCUUUUUUAUUUAUUUACUGCUGUUCUUUCUACAGGAGUUAAAGCCAAAACCAGAAAACAAUGUUGAUACCUAGCUCGCCAAAUGGGGGAAAUUGGCCUUUGAAAGUGAAGUAAAAAAAAAAGUCGGAAUGAAAAAAAAAAGACUUCAUGCUUCAUGUAACAGAUGCGCAAUCAAUGAAAUACAGUUGACUUGAACUAAUUUGACAGGUGAUAAUUCUCUUUGGUUUUUAACUUCGACCCUGCUGGUGAGUACCAGAAGAAGCUCACACAUUUUACUUACAGGGAUUGAAUUAAUGAGCCAACUUAUCGGCAAGAUUAUCAAUUUUCAAAUCACCUUGGCUUUCAAGCAGAAGAGACCUUCCAAUGAGAUGCCAGCAGGGAGGGUGGAUUUGUGCUAAUGUUAUUUUAUAUUCUACACUGUUGUAACUUCUGUACACUGUGUGGCAUGGCUCAUUUUCUACCAGAAAGCAACACUGUAGAAUGUAUAAAUAAAAAGUGUGUAAAAAUGGGUACAUGAUUUAAUUCUAUACUCCACUUCAUACAUAGCAGGCAAUGCUAUGGAAGCUGCACAAGGAGUAUGGUCAUUGAAGCCUCACUUAGCUUGUUUCAAAGUGCUAAUAUUCUUGAUGUGCGACACUUUCUGUGGAACAAUGACCACAUUCAUACUACAACUUGUGCAUGUAAGGAGGUUACAUCAAAUUACGUAUUUGUACACUUUUAUGCCCCCAGUACCUGACAUACCAUGUUUUGACUGUGAGCACGAGCGGUGUACCAAGGCCACUGGUUGCAGAAAUAUACCACUCCUUUCAUUUGGUUGUAAUUAUCAUCACAUCAGUUGUUUUUUGUGUAUUAAGUCAUAUUUCACAAGAUGUCUUUCAUAUAAAUGCACCAAUUACUGAUCGCAAAUAGGAAUUGUUCAAAUUUUAUCUAGCUCGUAGCAAUGCCUGCUAUGUGUGAAAUGGAGUGCAGACUUGAUUAUUGAAAAGAUUAUUGCAUAAUAGAGAAAACAGAGGAGGAAGCAAAUACAGUUAAACCUCGAUAUAACGAAUAUGUAAAAUCAGCAAUUUGUUUCGUUCUAUCAAAAUUUCGUUGUAAUGAAAUUUGACCUUUUAUGCAAAUAAGUCAAUUAAUUUUUCUUACACGAAAGGGGCCACAGAAUUUCCCAAAUUAUCAGACAACCGAAAAAAGCAUAUUUGAAUGAAAAAAUUCAUUUUGAUAAAUUUGGGAGUCUGCGACGAAUGACACGGUUUCAUGCUACAUACGUUGACAAUAUCUUUUCGGCGCUACGAAUUAAGCGAAGUUAGCCACACUUUCGCAUGCACUCCGCCUUCGCGGCUGAUAGUGUAACCCGCACUUGGACGACGUUAUCAGGGAAAGCGCCGGCAGCAGAGAACGAAUGGUUCGUCUGCCUCUUGCUUCAAUGGGUCACCGAAACUCUUAGAUUACGCAACCUCCAAUACUAAAUUCGCAGUAAAACAGCUUACAUGGUGCCACGCCGUCUUUGCACCAAUCAUUUGACCAUCUGCGUUCGCAGAAGUUUCCAUUUAUUGUCUCGGCAUUCCUUUCCGGCGGCAGUGAGAUUUUGUUGUGAAAUUGCAUGUACACUUCGUUAUAUUGAGGUUCUAAAUGGUGUUCCAUGGGAAAGAUGUUGUGAAACGUCAAAUACUUUGUUAUAUAGAGAAUUUCUUCAUAUCGAGGUUUAACUGAACUGUAUAUUGAACUAUGUCAGCUGAUGUGCUGUGUAGUGAUCACUUUUGAAUUUGCUCGGCAGUUUUGCACUAUUCCUGUCAGCCAUGCAUCACAACCUACCCAAAUAAUUCACAUUGUGGUGUGCACUUUUCUACUUCGUUACUGCAGUACAAGGUCAUUGUGACAUGUAAACUCAAAAUUAAAUUCUGCAGUUUUACAUGCCAAAACCAUAACUAUCUCCACCCUUGUGUGUUAAAAUGCCAUAAAAACUGAACACAGUAGUUGUGAAGAUUACUUGCCACAACUGUUUUGUACCGAUGUAUAUGUCAAACCCUUAUGUCAAACUCCAAAGUAGAUGUGUCUUACCAUAAAAAAAAAGCAAGGUGAAAAAGGGAGAAGGUGCAAUGUAACUCCAGAUUUUAUCUUUCACUGUGUGGGUUGAAUUUGGACUUGCCACCCAGUGUUUGAAAUAAAGAUGUAAUUGUUUUGUUUAA